AUGCGUGGUACAUCUUGUUUUAACCGACUUUUAUACUCAAGACAUUGAUAACAUUCAAAUAUUUUAUAGUUCAUAUGAAGUUAAGAGGAUGAAAGGAUGAAGCGCCGACUACUGCUGAAUCUGAAAAUGAGCCAUCACCGAAUCUGCAAUGAACAGAAAAUUACUAUAGAAAAUAUCAUUAAUGUAAUGAAAGAAGACAUUUAAGAAACAACUAGCAGAUAAAAUUGGUACAUCGAAUUGCCUUCAUGGAUUAAUAAGUUAAACAACGAAUAUCGAAGAUCUCGUUUGGGAAAAAAUAGAAUCUUGGAAAGUGUAAAAUGGUAGUGCAAAGAAUAGGAAAUAAUACAUCAAAGUCAAACACAAUUUGUGGAUCACCGUCUUGUAGUGCAAGAGAUAGAAAGGAAACGAAAUUCAAAGAUGUUUGCUCUAGUGGACUACAGAAUACUUGUAUUCGAACUGCGGAAUGUAAAUCUGGUCAAUAUCGUUAUUCGUACAAUGGAAAAGAGCCAACCAAAAAAAUAGGUAGAAGUAAACCAAGAAUGCAACUAAGUGGACAGAAAGUCAUAAAAAAGAGACUACCUCCUCCAAAAAUUUUAACAAAAGAAGAGUACGACGAAUUUCAAAAAUACAGUUCUCUGACGAAGGAAGAGCGAGAUGCGGCUCUUAAAUCGGAGGAAGAAGAGAGGCAAAGACUUAUGAAAGAGAGUAUGGAGAGAAAAGAGGAAUUUCGUAGAAUAGAUCAAGGAAGGCCUCGAGAAAAAUGCCCGCAAUUGGCCGAAAUAGAAGAGGAAGCUAGGAAAAGAGCGAAACAUGUGCUUGAAAGAGCAGAGAAGAUGAAGCUCGAACAGGAGGAAGAAAUCCAAAAGUGCAAUAGGAUCAUUUUAGAGACUAAAUGUCGUGCUAUAAGAGACGCUCAGAUAGCAGAAAAAAAGCUAAUGGAACUCGAGUUGGAGGAAGAAGAGAAACGUUUAAAUGAUAUGAUGGAAAAUGAAAGAAGAUGGGCGAUUAAAGAAGAAAUUAAAAAAGAACAGGACGAAGCAGUAAAAAGACAAAAAUUUGCUAAUAGUCUAAUCGAUCAAAUAAAAGAAAACGAGGAAAACAGGAUAUUAGAGUUUGAAAGGAAGCAAGAGGAAAGUCGAUUAAUUAAUUUAAACAAUAUCAAUUGGCAACAAGAAGAAAUUACAAAAUUACGAAAUAAAGAAUCCGAAAACGCAUUAAUUCGACAACAGCUCGCUGAAGGGAACGAGCAAUUAAAACACUUUAAAGCCAUGGAAAAGCAGCAAAAUAAAGUCAUUGAUCUUAGGAUACAAGAAUACCAACGGUAUAAGGAAGAAAGGGAAGCAAAGCUGGCGGAAGAACGAAGAUUGGAAAAAUUAGAAAAAGAAAAGGCUAAAACAACUGUUGCAAUACAGACAUUGCAAGCAAGGGGUCAACAAGAGCGGAUCGAUGAGUUGAAUGCUGCACGAAUUCAAGAAGAAGUAGAAAGACAAUGGAGACAAAAAGAAAAGGAAGAAGCUCUUAAAAAAGCGCAAGCCCAGAAGUUACUUAUAAAAGAAAGAGAAAAACAAAUAAACAACAAACGAAUAAUGGAAGCAAUUGAACUAGAACGAGAAAGACGUGAAUUUGAAAAAAUUGUACGUGUUCAAAAGGAAGCUUUCUGUCGAGAACAAAAAGAGCUUGAAAAGAAACAGCGACAAGCAUUAAUUCAUAGGAGCGAAAUACUAAAACAGGUUUGUUUUCACGGUUGGAUUAUAGAUUUUUUAAUUUAUUAUCUUUCUUCUAAUACUAUGACUAAAUUAUUUUAUGUCUAUCAUCUUCAUCAGGUAAAUGAGAAAGAAAGAGAACGCAUCGAAGCAAGACAAAAAAUGUUCGAGGAAGGUUUAGCAAUACGUACAGAAGCCGCGAUACGUAAGAAAAAGCUGCGUGAUGCAAUGGAAAGAAAAUGUGAAGAGAUGAGAAGAAACAGAGUGCCUGAAAUAUACAUCAAUGAAGUAAAACGAAUGAUCAGCAAUAUACAAUAAAUACAAUAAAUGUAUAAUUGUAAUUUGUCUAUUUAUCAUUCACAGUAUAUCCUGCGUACUAUACCUGCUUAAA